AUGUUACAUCCCGAGGCCACAUUGCAGGCCGUUUACGGCAAUGGCUUCUUUCAAAUCCUCCUCGCAGUCUGUUGCUCUCUUAUUACCCUUGCAAAGGCCUUUGAAUUCCAAACCAUCGUCUUCUUUCACUUUAGUCCUCCCUUCAACUGUUCCUCCCCCAUUUUGAGUGGAUUUCGCAAUGUCACUUGGCUGGACAAAACUAGUUUUUUGAGUCUCCAAGCGCAAAAUCAGUCGUCGAUGCCGAAUAACUUCAUCCCAUCGCUUCAGCAAUGUUGGGCCUUUGUUCAGGACAUUGAAAAUGACACUAACGAGGGGCAAGUCUUCCAUACAUUUAGUUGCGAUCAGUGGGUCUACUCGGAUUACAUGAUGUCCCGUACUCUAGUCACAGACUACGAUCUGGUUUGCGAUAGACGCUACCUUAUUGCUGUCAUGGAGUUCGGCAUUCUGCUGGGUUUUGCCCUUGGCUACGCAGCAUCCAUGUUCACAGACAGAUUUAACCGCAGGAAAUUAAUUUUCUUUUACAUUGGUUGGGAGUGUAUCACUGUGGUGAGUGUUAAUCUGGCUCCAAACUUGGCUACCCUCUUUGCCGUCCGCUUUCUGCGAUCCUUCUCCGCUGGUGUUUGCUACCUGGCACAGUGCAUUGUGGCGGAGUUGCUGCCCACAGCAAAGAGAGCCGUCUUCGGGACUUUGCACUGGGUGCCCUAUGGUGUGGGUUACAUGCUCAGCGCCGGAAUUGCCUACCUAACACGAGACUGGUACUUGUUUCAUGCCUAUGGCCUUCUCAUCCUCCUUUGCUACGUACCGGUCCUCUUUAUCCUCCCCGAAUCGCCUCGCUGGUUGACAGUGAAUGGAAAGCACGAGGAGACCAUCACAGUUUUGAGGAAUGUUGCUUCAUGGAAUCGCGUUCAACUUGACGAGGCUUUCUACGCCGAUGCACUUAAAUCUCUGGUGGAAUUGGAGAAUGAAGACGAUGAAACAGUGUUGUCUUCCAAAGACAAUCGAGAGCGUCCAACUACGGGGACACCGGCCAAGCGGGACUCUCUCCUUGACAUUAUUUAUUUGCCAAACAUGCGCUGCCGUUGUCUCAUUCUCGUCUUUGUGCAUUCUGGCAUAGCAAUGUGCUACUACGGCCUAGUUCUCAAUGCGAGUUUUGCCAGUAAUGAUGUAUAUCUCAACGUCUUUUUUCAGGGCCUAACUGAAAUUCCAUCCGCAAUUCUUGGAUGGAUAAUGACAGCCUAUGCUGGCAGGAGGCUGUCGUACACUCUGCUCCAGUUAGUGACCGGGUUAACUGUCAUUGCAGCAAUCUUUCUGAAGGAGGUUGACUUCAUGGCUACCACUGUGGUUGCCGUGGUGGGCCGAACUGCAGCCAGCACAGUCUUCACUGUGUCUUCCCUCUACGCAGCGGAGAUAUUUCCCACCACGGUGAGAGUUAUGGGUAUCUUUAUUGUCCUCUUUAUGGGUGCUCUGACUGCGACACUUGCACCGUUUGUCAAUCGACUUUCUGAAGUGACAUACUUCCUGCCUACCCUGAUCUACGGUAUGAUCUGCACCCUCGGAUCACUUAUGGUCCUUUUGAAACUCCCGGAAACCAAGAGGUGUCCCCUCUCACAAACACUGGGUGAAGCCGAGCGUCUAAAGCAGGGCCAUGAAGAUGAAUGGAUUCAAGAAAUAACGUUGAAGAAAAGUUUUAUCCGGGAGGAUCUCAAAAUGUUGUGA